GGUCCAGGCAGCAGACAGGUCUAACAGACAGCAUUCCGCGCAGGCCGGGCCACAGGAGUAGAAACAGAUCCAUUGGACCGCAGGGAGCCAGAGACUGGGUGUUUCAGAGCCUUUCACUUCCUCAGUUAAGUUUUGAAGAGAAAUUCGGAGGAUGAUUCUCCCUGCAGCGUUUGUGCUGGUAUCUCAGUUGAGUGUUGCAAGUUGUACCUCGGAGACCUGGUCCAUCUGUCCCCGAGGCUGUGAGUGCAGAGAGGGCCUCAAAUAUGUCAACUGCUCAGCCGCUUCCUUGCAACAGGUACCCCCUAGCUUCCCAACCGAUACAGAGCAGCUGGACCUUUCGAAGAACAACCUGACCGUUCUCCCAGCCGGCAUCUUCCAAUCGCUCUGGAGAAUCAAUAUCCUUCUCAUUGGCUCCAGCCGCGUUCAGAGAGUCAACGAUGGAGCUUUCGCCUCUCUGGAGAACCUAUGGCGACUGGAUCUCCGGCAAAACAACAUCAGGGACCUGAGCGAGGGCUUUUCCAUUGGCCUCUCCUUCCUCAAUGAGUUGAUACUGUCAGACAACCACUUGGAGAAGCUGAAUUCACUGAUGUUCCAGUACCUGGACAAUGUGCAGAAACUCUACCUGAAUAAUAACCAGAUUUCUCAACUCUCCAGCAGGGCCUUCCGAAGUAUGACCAGGCUACGGCAGCUACACCUCCAGAAUAACCGACUGGCUAACCUGAGCAAUGGUGUCUUCUUCAUGCUGCAGAACCUGGAAGUGUUAAAUCUUCAGGGGAAUCUAAUCAAAGAUGUCGACACUGGCGUUUUCACAUCGUUGACCAGUCUGACGCUCUUGAACCUGUCCCGAAAUGGCUUGGAGCGAAUUAAGUUCAAGACUUUUCUGGGUAUUCAGACUUGGGGCACCCACAUUUUGCUGUCAAAGAAUAAUUGGACUUGUGAUUGUGAGCUGCAGAGGGUUUUUGGUAAACUGCAUAAUGUCCAACGCUUGCUUGUGGAUGACUAUGACAAUGUGAUCUGCUUGGAGCCUCCUGCCCUGAGGGACUUGCCAUUAGCAUCUGUUGACACUCAAUUGUGCAUAGCAGAGACUGUCACGGUCCUGGUUAUCACAGUGACAGUCUUCAUCACUGUUGUUGCUGCAAUUGUAAUGGCAGAAAGGAACAGGAAGAAACGAACGGGGAAGCACUGGAGUGAAGAAAGUGAAGACUUUGAUUCUCAAGAUUAAUCAGUCUCACGUUGUCAUGUGAAUUCUAGAAGCACAAUUGUCUCAGCUAUAUGGGAACACCACUGCGAGCAAUUUCUCCUGCAAGCAACACAGCACCUGAUGAGUAGGUAACUCACCGGCCCUUCACUGUCCCUGGGUCAAAACCCUACAAGUCCGUUCCUUGCAGCAUUCCAAAGCAUCCUGCAUCUCAAAUAUUUUAUUGGUUCAAGAAGGCAAUUCAUCACCACAUUCUUCAGGGACAGGCAGUAAAUGUUGGCACAUUGCGUAAUGCCCAAAUCCUAUGAAUGAAUUAAAAGUUGUGCAUCAAGAGCAAAAUAGCUGGAUUUAUAUUCAUAGAUGUGGUGUUUUGAGCAUUAUGUUUGACUAUUGCAAUAGACACUAGUAAACAUGAGAAACGGGGUUUGUGUAAUGGCUUCAAGGUAAAUUUUGGUGGUUUCCAAUCUACAACUUCAGGCUCUGCACUCCACCUACUGAACUGACCCCAGUAGUAUUUAUUCCUGGACUGUGACAGGUAUGAGAUCUUCACCCCUGUG